AUGCUUCUCAAACGACAACCUCGUCGCUCGCUCAGCACCGUCCUUCAUUCUCUACUGUCUCUUCUUCUGCUCCAUCCUGUGGAAGCUGCGACCCAGCCGGCCAGCGCCGCGUUAGUGAAGCGACAGUAUGAUACCGGCGAGUCCAAGAUAGACCAAGAUGUGGAUGUCCAUCGCCGCGAGUUCUUCACCUUCGUCACGCGACCCGACAUCGACGCUCCACGAUGGGACAUCACAAUCUACGAUCAAGACGCCCUGGCGCCCGGAUAUUUCUUCGUCUCGACGUACGAGUGGGUCGAGCAAAAGAACGAGGACACGCGCGCAUGGAUCGGACCACACAUCUACGACAGCACAGGCGAGCUCAUCUGGAGCGGAGCGCCGCUCUUCAGAGGCUACAAUGUCAACGACUUCCGUGUGCAGACCGUGAACGGAGAGCAGGUCCUCACGGGCGUCUUCAAGCACGACGCCAUCGAUGUAAUGGUGAACAGCCACUACGACAUCCAGAACAUGGUGGUGUUGACGAAAGGCGACAUUAACAUGCACGAUUUCAAUGUCGUCGAGAAUGGGACGCGGGCCUUGUCGAUGAACCUGCAUCGGUACGAGGCUUCUUUGGAGGAGUCGAAGGCGGUGGGCUGCGACGAACCCUACGACGUGCUGACGUCCGGGUUCAAGGAGUACGACACAGCAACGUGGGAGGUGCUGUUUGAGUGGAACGCCAUGGACCACAUCCCCAUCACCGAGAGCUACCUCGAGACCAAAUGUAACAACAGGUGGGACUUCAUCCACGCCAACUCCAUCGAUAAGUUCCCGGACGGCGACUACCUGCUCUGCGGUCGGCAUACAGACACGCUAUACAAGAUAUCCGGCACGACUGGGAAGAUCGUUUGGCGACUGGGAGGGAAGACGUCCGACUUCGAGAUCGAUGGUCACUUCUCCGGCCAGCAUCACUCCCGCGUUGUGUCGCAGAACUCGACACACGUCCUGCUCUCUCUCCUCGACAACGCCAUUCGCCCUGGGGAGCCGCACACCACCAACGACCAGUCGCGAGGCAUGAUCAUGGCUCUCCGUACCGACACCACGCCGAUGACCGCAGAGGUCCUGCGAACCUACAACCACCCGCACGGAGAUUACUCGCCCGGCCGCGGCAGCUUCCAGCUCUUGCCAAACGGCAACGCCUUCGCGGCCUGGUGGACCAGGUCGCUUAUCAGCGAGCACUCCGCCGACGACAGGGUGUUGAUGGAAGCCGAGUGGAUUCCAGAACUGAAGUCGUAUCGGAGCUUCAAGUUCCCGUGGGUGGGGAGACCGACUGAGCCGCCUGCUGUGCACGCGCAGGUGCAACGUCUACCCCCAUUGAAGUCAGGGACGGAAAAGGAGUUGGUGACGGUCGUGCACGUGAGCUGGAAUGGAGCGACGGAAGUGGCGACUUGGGAUUUGUUUGAGGCGGUGCCGUUGCAUGGGCAGGAAAAGCAUCACCUCCGCUCGGUGGAGAGGGAUGGCUUCGAAACGAUGGUGGUGUAUGACGGGGUGCUGGAUCAUGUCGUUAUGGAGGCGAGGGAUCGGAAUGGGACGGUGUUGGGCACUUCAGAAGUCUUCAAGACCAUCCCUCUCAAAGCGGAGCAGAAGCCGGAGCGGUCUUCCGCGCUGGCGCGCGCACUCACUAACCCAGGUGCUGUCUUUAUCAUCGCCACGAUCUCCUGCAUUCUCACCAUGCUUGGAUGCUGGAUCACCUGGCGCUGCAUGGGCCGGAGGGACCUUACCAUGCGCUGGCCUAGGGAUGGCAUUAGCUUGCGAUGGCCGCGGUGGCGACAGCAAGGCCAUCCGGACACCCGAGAGUAUGACGCUCUGUUCGAUUCUGCGGGUACCGAGCUCGAGAGCGAUUACGAGGAUGAAAGCUACGAGCUCGACGAAGGAGGGAAAGGCGAUAGAUAA